CGUCGCGCUCUGCGCCGGCAGCCCCCGGCCGCCACGCAAUGUCCGCCGGCUGGUUCCGGCGCCGCUUCCUACCCGGGGGUCCACUUCCAGAGCCGCAGCCAGCGGGGCCGCGCUCCAGCCCUGUCCCCUAUCACCGACCCCGCUUCCUGCGCGGCUCGGGCUCCAGCCCUGGCGCCCCCGACGCCUCGCGCCGCCCGGACUCCCGGCCCGUGCGCAGCCCGGGGCGGGGCCGCACGCUGCCUUGGAACGCAGGCUACGCCGAGAUUAUCAACGCAGAGAAAUCUGAGUUCAACGAGGAUCAGGCUGCUUGUGGAAAGCUGUGCAUCCGGCGAUGUGAGUUUGGGAUUGAAGAAGAUCAGGAGUGGCUGACGGUGUGCCCAGAGGAGUUCCUGACAGGUCAUUAUUGGGCACUGUUUGAUGGGCAUGGUGGACCUGCAGCAGCCAUUUUGGCUGCCAACACCCUGCAUUCCUGCCUGCGCCGGCAGCUGGAGGCUGUGGUAGAAGGCAUGAUGGCCUCUCAGCCCCCUAUGCAUCUCAGUGGUCGCUGUGUCUGCUCCAGUGACCCCCAGUUUGUGGAGGAAAAGGGCAUUCGGACAGAAGACUUGGUGAUUGGGGCCCUGGAGAGCGCCUUCCAGGAAUGUGAUGAUGUGAUUGGGAGAGAGCUGGAGGCCUCAGGCCAGGUGGGUGGCUGUACAGCCCUGGUGGCUGUGUCCCUGCAGGGGAAGCUGUAUGUGGCCAAUGCUGGGGAUAGCAGAGCCAUCUUGGUGCGGAGAGAUGAGAUACGGGUGCUGAGUUCUGAGUUCACCCCAGAAACAGAGCGGCAGCGGAUCCAGCAGCUGGCCUUUAUCUGCCCUGAGCUUCUGGCUGGCGAGUUCACCCGACUGCAGUUCCCUCGGCGGCUGAAGGGGGAUGAUGUAGGGCAGAAGGUUUUGUUCAGGGACCACCACAUGAAUGGCUGGAGCUACAAACAGGUGGAAAAGUCUGACCUCAAGUAUCCACUGAUUCAUGGACAGGGUAGGCAGGCUCGGUUACUAGGAACACUGGCUGUCUCCCGAGGCCUGGGAGACCAUCAACUCACAGUCCUGGACACCAACAUCCAGCUCAAGCCCUUCCUGCUCUGCAUCCCACAGGUGACUGUGCUGGAUGUGGACCAGCUGGCACGGCAAGAGGAGGAUGUGGUUGUCAUGGCAACUGAUGGGCUCUGGGAUGUCCUGUCUAAUGAGCAGGUGGCACAGCUUGUGCGGAGCUUCCUCACUGGGAACCGAGAGGACCCACACAGGUUCUCAGAGUUGGCCAAGAUGCUGAUACACAGCACACAGGGGAAGGAUGGUGCUGCUGGAGAAGGGCAGGUGUCCUACGAUGACGUCUCUGUGUUUGUGAUUCCUUUGCACAACCAGGGCCAAGGGAGCUAUGGCCACUGAGGAUCCAGAUACCUGCACUCUAUGACCUCUUCAGGACCAGUGCAGUCUGAGCAUACGUCCACUGUGGCCAAGAGCAGGCCCUGUCUGGUCUGUCCCCAGCCACAGCUCAAUGUUCUUGCUUUCUGCCUUAACUAUUUGUUUCAAAGAGAGCAGAGGGUGGACAGCCUAGCCUACCAGGUCGCCCCUUCUGCAAUGGUAACAUCCUUCUGGCAGAGAUACUUUACAAAGUAUGGUAUCUGUUGGCUCCUCAGCAGCCUAAAGGAUUUAAGGUACGAAGAUGCCUUGGGGAGCAGGCAGCUAGCUCAUUUGGUUCCGACCCGUGAGUCAUUUAACCAUCUGCCCACACAGGUGCCUUCUUGAAACCUCUGGGCAGUUUCACAUCUGCUGGAUCAGCUGUCUUUUUUUUC